AUGGAUCAAUUAAAAGGUGUAAAAGGAUGGCUAGAUUCAAUAAAUAUUGUAUAUUAUGAAGGGACACCAAAUUUGAGUUGGAAUCAAGAUGUAGCAGGAUUUCAUAAAGAUUGGUUGGUAUUCUUAGCAAAAAUGGAUUCAGUUGGUGAAUUUAAACCAACUGAGAGUGAAGCUCCACCUGUAUCAAAUACGACCUUAAUAAUAGACGAAAUUGGAACAAUCACAACACAACCAGCAACGCCUACUUUACCUGAUAAUAUUAAGCCACCAAGUGGUUCAACCUUCUCGUUUUUACUUUACGCAUCGGGUAAAAGAACAUACACUUGUACCUCUAAUUUAGGCCAAGGUUCUUGGACUCUUGUUGGAAUUGAAACUUAUUUCAUUAAUCUAAAGAACACUGGCCAAAGCUUUGACCCUGGUUACCAAGUUGUCUAUCAUUAUUCAGAAGAUACUCCGGUUAGUGGCAAAAAUUUAACUUGGUCCGCAAUAACAAAAAGUGAUCAGUCCUUUGUUUUUGGAAAAUCGAUUGCUCAAAGUAAUGAUACAGCAGAUCCAGAUAGAAAUUUACCUUGGGAAUUGGUCCAAUCAACGUUUAAUCAAGAGGGUGGAAAACUAUCUAAUAUUACUUAUAUAGUUAGUGGAACGAAUACAAUUGUAGGCUAUACCGCCGAUUAUUGGUUUUACUCGGGUGGUUUGCCAAAAACUGAUGAUCCAAAAACUCCAGCAAGUACAGCUGAUCCCACGGCAACGACAACGGCAACGACAACCGAUAAACCGAAUGCUAGCAAUAUGCAAAUCACUUACAAUAAUUAUUUGAUAAUAUUUAAUUUCUUGAUGCUUUUUGUUGUCACAACCCUUAUUAUUAUGUAA